AUGGAGAAUAGCAUCCCUGAUCCAGUUGAGUUCAUGAAGCCAAUGGCCUCCUUUCUCAUACGCCACUAUUCCGACCAGCUCCACUCCAUUGUUUCUUCUCCCGAUUCCAACCUUCACUUCCCUCUUUUCGUCGAUUUUGCAGAGUUGAUGGAGAAGGAACCUCGCGUUGCUGGUCUCCUCUUUGCUCAACCCAAUACCUAUUUGCCAGUAUUCGAUGCUGCUGCUAUUUGGGCCCAUCAAGCCGUAUUGGUGGAUGAUAUGGAGGAGGGUAAGAAAGGGUUUGAGAAAAAGUUCAUUCAUGUUCGUAUUAACACCAUUGGCUCAGCUCUUGAAUUCCCUGGUCUGAUUUUGCUCUCUACUUGUUUGUUUCAAUACCCCUUACGGAUCUUCUCCUCCAAUGAUGAUUCAUUCCACCAUGGAAUUCUUCUCACUCUCAAGGGGAUAGUGAUCAGGUCCGGAGCAAUCAAGAUGCAUGAAGGGGAGAGGAAGUACAUUGUCUUGGUGGAAACCCUUGCUUCCCACUUUGGCUGUGCAACACUGCAGCCAUUUCUCUUGUUGGCUGGGAGCUUUUCGGUCGAGUUCUCCAAGAGUAUUAUUAGAAAGCAUCGGAACCAAUGGUUUCCUGUGUUGCCUCUGAGUCACAAAUCCCUAUAA